UCCAUUGAUUGGCUGCUGAGGGAUUUGCACUAACCUGAUUGGUCGUGCGGGCUGUCUGCCCCGCCGCAGAAAUAGAUUUCCACCACUCCCAUUGGAUCGCUGUCUCAGACGCGAGGAGGGUCUUUAAGACUUGUUAAGGUUUUAGUUUGGGAUCAGGAUGAAGAUUGCUGUGAUUGGCCAGAGCCUUUUUGGGCAAGAAGUGUAUAAAGAGCUGAGGAAGGAGGGCCACACUAUUGUUGGGGUGUUUACCAUACCUGACAAAGAUGGCAAGGCUGACCCGCUAGGAGCUGAAGCAGAAAAAGAUGGUGUGGCUGUGUUUAAGUUUCCACGUUGGCGGGUUAAGGGCAAAGCCAUUGAUGAGGUGGUGGAACAGUAUAAGGCGGUGGGAGCUGAACUCAAUGUACUACCCUUCUGCUCUCAAUUCAUCCCGAUGGAGGUGAUAGACCACCCAAAGCACGGCUCCAUCAUCUACCACCCCUCACUGCUGCCCCGCCACAGAGGGGCCUCCGCCAUUAACUGGACCCUCAUCCAUGGAGACAAAAAGGGUGGGUUUACAGUGUUUUGGGCGGAUGACGGACUGGACACUGGGCCGAUCCUGUUGCAAAAAGAGUGUAAUGUAGAGCCUGAUGACACAGUAAAUACCAUCUAUAAGCGUUUCCUGUUUCCAGAGGGAGUCAAAGGAAUGGUGGAAGCAGUGAAGUUAAUCGCAGAAGGUAAAGCUUCUAAAAUUAAGCAGCCAGAGGAAGGAGCAACGUAUGAGUGCAUUCAGAAAAAGGACAACGCGAAGAUUGAUUGGAACCAGCCUGCAGAAGCCAUUCAUAACUGGAUCAGAGGGAAUGAUAAGGUUCCUGGAGCUUGGGCAGAGGUUGAUGGAAAGAAUGUGACAUUCUAUGGAUCAACAUUAGUGGACAAAGCAUCCACAGCUAAAGGCCAAGCUUUGGAGAUCCCUGGAGCCAGUCAGCCAGGUCUGGUCAGUAAGAACGGCCUGAUCCUGUUUGGCAACGAUGGCAAGGCGCUGCUGGUAAAGAACCUGCAGUUUGAUGAUGGGAAGAUGAUUGCAGCUUCUCAGUAUUUCAAAGCUGCAUCCAGCACUGCAGUGGAGCUCACAGAGGAGGAGAAGAGCUUUGCUGAGCAGAUGAGGGUUGUCUGGACGAGCAUUUUGACAAAUGUUGAGAAAAUUGAUGACUCUACUGACUUCUUUAAGUCCGGUGCUGCCUCUAUGGAUGUUGUCAGACUGGUGGAGGAGGUAAAGUUGAGGGCGAGUCAGCUACAGCUACAGAACGAGGAUGUUUACAUGGCUACGACGUUUCAGGAGUUCAUCCAGAUGUGUGUGAGAAAGCUGAGAGGAGAAGAUGCUGAGGAAGAACUAGCUGUGGACCAUGUGGAGAUGAAUAUCAACAACAUGACUAUUAAAAUGCCACACCAGCUCUUUAUAAAUGGAGAGUUUGUGGAUGCUGAAGGAGAAAAAACCUACAAGACCAUUAACCCCACAACUGCACAGCCGAUCUGUGAUGUAUCGCUAGCUCAGAUUUCAGAUGUUGAGAAAGCUGUGGCAGCCGCCAAAGAUGCAUUUGAGAAUGGCGAGUGGGGCAAAAUGAACCCCAGAGACAGAGGCAGACUUAUGUUCAAAUUGGCAGAUCUGAUGGAACAGCAUCAGGAGGAGUUGGCCACAAUCGAAGCCAUAGACUCUGGAGCUGUUUACACACUGGCCCUGAAAACCCAUGUUGGAAUGUCCAUUCAGACAUUUAGAUACUUUGCUGGCUGGUGUGACAAGAUCCAGGGUUGCACUAUUCCAAUCAAUCAAGCCCGGCCCAAUCGCAACCUCACCUUUACUAAGAAAGAGCCAAUAGGAGUGUGUGGUAUUGUGAUUCCAUGGAACUAUCCUCUAAUGAUGCUGGCCUGGAAAACCGCAGCUUGUCUGGCAGCUGGAAACACUGUGGUACUGAAACCAGCACAGGUGACCCCUUUGACUGCUGUGAAGUUUGCAGAAUUGAGUGCAAGGGCAGGCUUCCCUAAAGGAGUGAUCAACAUCCUGCCUGGAUCAGGUGCUCUAGUUGGUCAGCGUUUGUCAGACCACCCUGACGUGCGCAAACUGGGCUUCACUGGUUCCACUGAGAUCGGCAAACAGAUCAUGAAGAGCUGUGCGAUCAGUAAUGUGAAGAAGGUUUCUCUGGAGCUGGGUGGGAAAUCUCCUCUGAUUAUAUUUAGUGACUGUGACCUGGACAAAGCAGUCAGAAUGGGGAUGAGUUCAGUAUUCUUUAAUAAGGGGGAGAACUGCAUCGCUGCGGGUAGACUGUUUGUGGAAGAAUCCCUGCAUGAUACGUUUGUCCAAAGAGUGGUUGAAGAGGUGAAGAAGAUGAAGAUUGGUGAUCCUCUAGAUCGCUCCACUGAUCACGGCCCCCAGAACCACAAAGCUCAUUUGGACAAACUGGUGGAGUACUGUGAGAGAGGAGUGAAAGAGGGAGCUACACUUGUAUGUGGCGGGAAACAAGUCAACCGGCCAGGUUUUUUCUUCGAGCCCACUGUGUUCACUGAUGUGCAGGACCACAUGUAUAUCGCUAUUGAGGAGUCGUUCGGCCCUGUAAUGAUCAUCUCCAGAUUCCAGGAAGGUGAUAUAGAUGGGGUGCUGCAAAGAGCCAAUGCUACAGAAUAUGGCUUGGCAUCAGGAGUGUUCACAAGGGACAUCAGUAAGGCUCUGUAUGUAAGUGAGAAGCUUCAAGCUGGAACUGUCUUUGUCAACACUUACAACAAGACAGACGUGGCCGUUCCCUUCGGUGGUUUCAAGCAGUCUGGUUUCGGCAAAGAUCUGGGUCAAGAGGCACUUAAUGAAUAUUUGAAGACAAAAUCAGUAACAAUUGAGUACUGAUUCGUCUAGAUCACAUCAGUUAACAUUAAAUAAAUAACAUCAGUAAAUUGUAAUAGUGACCUUAAAUAUUUGCACCGCAAAUUUUUCUGGUUUUGAACUGAUAAACAGUGUUGACUUAAGAUAAAAUCAGUAGCUAUUUAAAAUAAUAUUACACCUGAGUUUAAAUGAAACCUUUUGUAUGUUUCCUUUCACUUAUUUUAAUACUGAUUCAAACAUCAUUUAAUUAAAUGAUUUAAUUUAAAUUUACACCCGAAAAGAGAAGAUUCACAUAUGUAUAUCACAAAUUUUUUUAUUAAUGUUGUAGAUUUUUAUAAUAUAUAAAUAUCAUUGCUGUUAGCAGAGUGACCUCGCACCUCCAGAGUCAAGGGUUCAAGUCCAGUCUAGCCUGUAUAGGAUAAGAGGUGUAGAUAGUGAGUGAAUGAGUAAUUACCAUUGCGAUUUGAAAAUGCAAUGAUGUAUUUCUGUCAUAGCCCACACUGAAAUAAAUUAAAUUUAAUAUUUUCUCA